GGGCGGGGCGAUCGGAUGUCUCCUCCUCCUCCGGAGAGAAAUGCGCGCCUUGGAGCCAUGGAUCUGCCGUGCUCCGCUCCCGGGGAAGGGGGCCGUGGGCUGGCCGGAGCCUCCUUCCCUGCCCUGGAGCAGCAGUGGCUGCAGGCGCUGCGGGACUUCGGAAUCAGCGGGAGCGACGAGGAAGUAACGGACGCCGCGCUGCGGUGCUUGAUGCGCGCCUUGGAGUGCGGGAGCCGAAAGGACCUGUUGCAAUUGCAUGGCUACAGCCUUAUUUCUGUCUCUGACCUCCAGUCUCAACAACGGGUGCCUUGCUGCAGUCAUCUAACCUGGAGCUCCGAUGAAUUCAGGGAAUGGGUUCACCAAGGUGAAGGCGCCUUGUCUAACCAGAGAAGGUUGCAACGGACACACUUAAUACUCGUGGGCUACUUGACGGAUGAAAGACGUGGGGCGAAAGAGAAGUUGGUGGAUGGUAGUUUGUAUGUGCGAGACAACACUGGCGAGCUGCCCUGCACGCUCCUGCAUUUUAAGCUUGAGUGGCUAGGGUGUCUGUUGCUGUUUCCCAGCUGGAUAUACAUCCCCAAAGCAGGCCAGAGCACAGCUGGAUAUUUGGAGAUCAUGCAAGACCCAAUCCAAGUGAUGCCUGGUCCAGAGAAAACUCUUGAUAUCCUCCCUAUUUUCUACCCGGGACAAGCUGCCCAGCUUCUCAAUGCCAGGCCUCAAUAUAAGGAGAUCACAAAGCUGAAUGUGGCAGGUGAACUGUGUAGGCUGAGCACUAUUCUCUACAUCCACCAAAAGACCUUCUUUUUCAUCUUCCUGAAGUGCUUUAGUUCAGCUACAUGUAUCCCAGUAUUAGUGCAGAGGUCUUCCCAGUUGGUUUGGCAUCAUGUGCUACAGCUUGGGCAUCGGUAUGUCCUCACUGCUCUUAAAACAUCUUGCCUUAAAGCUUCUGGAUUGAGGGUAUUUAUCACCAGCUCCUCCUCACACCUUCUACCAUACUGUAUGGAACGAGUGAAGGAGCAAUCUUUGGACAGUACUUCAGAGGGAAGUCCAACUGUGUCUGUUUCCACCAAGGCCUGUGAGCAGCUUAGCAGCUCGUUGGAGCUGGAGGAGGAAGCGAAGACGGUGGUUCCAGCUCGGAAGUCCCAGAUGAUCUCCUAUGCAGGCACUAUCACCCAGGUGCUAAAUGCCCAAGCUGGGCUCUAUGAACUGGACAACAAGUUAACUCUGUGUCUUGCUUAUCAGCAGAUGUUGAAUUCUGGCCGUGGGCUCAGACCAGGAGCAGGCGUGGAGGUGAGACUAAGCUUCCAAGACGUCCACCUUGUGCAGCCCUUGGCUGCCUCGCCUUGUGUACUUGGAGCUUGCCUGCGCAGCAUGGUUGUGCUGAAGAGCUUUUCGGCGUGCAGCACAUUAUACCAGCCUGUAGCCUGCUUUGGGAAUCUUUAUAUUCAGCUGCUUUUGCGUUUCAAUUUGAGCCUGCCGCUCUAUAUCUGGCUGGUCAGCUUGCUAGAGACUUUUGAGCAGAGGUUUUGUUGUUUUCUUCCGCACCAGCAGUCGUUGCACUGCUUUAGCCACCAAGCCCUGGGGGCAGCAGAGAAGUUUAUUGUUCCUAUUCUGAAUGUUCUGGUGCCGCUUGGAAAACAAGAGCGGAACAUCCAUCAAGAGAUUCUGGCAGAAAAGCACCACUGCCCCCUAGAGCAGUAUCAGAUUUUGGAGCCGCCAUGUCAGAUUCCACCUUUCUCUUUGCUGUCUGCUAUGGCUGAGAAGAAGUGCUGGGAAAGCCUCAGUCCACUGCAACAACUGAACUCAGCCCCCGAGCUCUGCAACGUGAGCGCCCAGGAGCUGAAUCGCAGAUUGGCCUGGUCCUACUCUAGUUUAUCUGCUGAGAGCUUUCAGCCUCAGAUGGUGUUGCUUGGGUGGCUGGACUGUUCCAGCAGUGGCUUCCUCAAGUUACAAGACAGAAGUAAAGCACUCCCUUGUAUAAUAUUUCACAGAGAUGGCCGGCCAUUUGCUGAUACGUCUUUAGUAGGGUGCCUCCUGCAGGUAGAAAUAUUUCAGUUUGUAAUGGAGCAAUUCCUUCGAAGUGAUUUCCCUUCUUGGCAGCAGCUGGGGUCACAUGACUACAUAAAGGAGAAGAAAACAAGGCCUUGCGUACAGUUUUGUUUUGAGGAUGUAGAGAUCCUUCAUACUCCUGAAAAGAGAGCAUCCGAGGGUCGCCGAGUGAAUGAAAGGACCUCUUCUCAAACAGAAGGCGAUGGCUCCUCGGCAGCUGAGCCAAGAUCCCAAGAGGGGAAAAUAUCCAGCGCAGGAACGGCAGAGUCUGGUGCCAGCACAGCAGAGCCUUCCCAGGGCAGCGCUGCAGAAGCGGGCUGGUGUUCUCGCCUGUUCCUCGUGAUGCAGAAAGAGGGGCUCGUCUGGCGCAACUAUGUGCCGACUUCAGGAGACGGGGGCAAAGGCGGCCGGGCAGCGCAACUCUGCUUUCAAGCCACAGUGGUAUGGAUGGGUAGCCCUGAACUGUGCAAGAAUCUUGGAGAAAGCGGGCGCUGGCAAGAGCUUAACACUUCCGCUCUGCAAGAGACCAGUGAAGCCCAGCAGAAACUGUUGCUCCUGUUCCUGAAGAAAUCUCUCCGGUGGUUCCCCUUCCUGCACCCUGAUCACCUGUACCAGCUCACCAUACCCCAGUGCACGGACUUGGGUGUCUUUGAUCAACUGUGCUGCUCGUCGGCACAAGGAAACCUGAAUGCGCUGAGACGUUCCUUGUUUCUACCUGUUCCAGAUGGUGCCCUCCUGCACCAUGUGGGCUGUAUUUCUCAGCUGGUUUCAGCAGUGCCAGAGAUGGGUCAAAAGCUGUUUUCCAUUGCGGAGAUUCUCAGCUCCAGUUUCACAGGCUCCCUGGUCUCUUUCUCUGGCCUAAUAGUGGAGAGGACUUUGUGUCAAUCUUUCGUUGGAAAGAAAUCACCUGGAGAUGUUUUGAUGCAGCAAAAGGGUAACCUCUUACCCCGGGAUUACACCGUGAAGCUAAGUGUAUCACCUACAGUUGCUGCCUCAGAAGUGCUGGAUGUGUACAUUGAAACGGCAUUCUUGCCCUAUCUUUGGGGUCUACUUCCUGGCGCCAGAAUUCUCUUUCAGAACUUGCAGCGCAAGGUUGCCAGAUCCAAAAAUGUCUAUUGUACAUACAUUGCAUCCAGUUGCGUGUGUGUUCUGACUGCUGCAGCCCAUGACUUUUCUUCCCAGCAGCUGGGUGCCACCUCUGCUCCUUCUGUGGUAUAUUUGUCCAAGAUAACGCCAGAGCCUUCUAGUCUGUGCCAAGCACAGGUUGCCUGCCAUUUGACGUGUGUCCUGUCUUUGUCCCUGCACUGGAACUGUUCCCUUUGCAACAGCAUCUUCACAGAGGGAAAAUGCAGCCAGUAUAACCCACCUUGCCUGUCGCGUACAGGAGUGUGCAAAGCCCGUGCCAGAAUCAUAGUAGAAGAUGGAACAAGCGAAUUUGUGGUGGUGUGCAAGAACCAACAGGUGCAGAAAGUGCUGGGUUUGAGCACCAAGGAGUGGGAUGUUCUACAGAAUCAUGUUCAGAACACGGGCAGUAUUGGCAUUCAGCACAGUGAACUUAAUAUGGCUCCUGGGCAAACUGAGGAGCGUGAAGACCUGUUCACCUGGUACUUGAGAAGCUUAUGCAGAAGCCCAAUUGUCUGUCGGCCUGUCCUGUUGACUUUCAGGCCAGAUAGAAAGCCCUCGGGGGAUCACGAGGCAGGCUCAGGACAGUUGAGGAGGUUUUUCUCCAAUGACUUGGAGUUCCUAAGUCAGACGAGGCAUCGGUGGAACUUGAUGUGUCUGGAUGUCCAGGAGGCGACAUGAACAUGAUGCUUGUA